GCCCCUGGAAAUGCAUCCCCAUGGGGCAACUUCAAAGGGCAUCCAAGACAGCAGAUCAUGUGUCUCUCUGAAACCAGAUGCUAAGGCAGAGACCCUUUCUAUCAAAAUGACAAAUAUUGCUGCUCUGCUUAGACAACUACCAGAAUGGUCUGCUUGCUAAAGGACAACAACGUGUAUUGCAGUUUAUACCCUCGCUGGAAGUUCAGCAAGGAAAUGGUUAAGGCAUGCUGAUGGCCACUAAGCGAGUGAGCUCAUCUGAGCUGGAAAAGGCUCCAAGAAUUCUGAGCCACUCAGAGCACAUAAUAUCAGAAGUGGGGGAUAUCUGAAGCUGGAAGCAAAGCCACUUAGCGAAUUGCAACAUCCACCUAGGAUACAUUCCAUGCAUAUUCCGGACUGCAAGCCACCAGUUCUAGGUGCUAAUGCUGUGAGCCUAUUAAACUGGUAGCCAUGGAAACCCAAACCAAAGAAAUGGAGGCAGGAGAGAAGUCCCCUGAGUCCAAGGACUUGCUGCCCAGCCAAACAGCCAGUACCUUGUGCAUCAGUUCUCGGAGUGAGUCCGGCUGGAAUACUCCUCCCCGGAACAAAUGGGACAUUUACCACAAACCAGUCAUUGUGCUCUCAGUGGGCGGGGCAGUGUUCCUCUUUGGGAUUGCCAUUACUAGUCUGACUUGCCUCACCUUGGACAGAAACAACAGCACAACCAGCGCAAGCAACAACAUGGGCAACAAAACCAGCAACAUAACCAAGGAAGUGUUUAAGCUGUGUGGUCCAGCCUUCCUUUCCCUUGGCCUCAUGAUGCUUGUAUGUGGGCUUGUCUGGAUCCCCAUCAUCCGCAAGAAGCUGCGACAGAAGCAGAAAUAUCCCAUCCUUCAGAGCAUUAAGUCCUUCUUCCUCAACCGCUGAAGGUAGUCUCUCUUCGGUUUGGCCGCAAGGUCACUUGAGCAGGCUCAGUCCUUUUUGUUCCAAUGUCCUGCAAGUAAAAUCAACUCUGUUCUGAAGGUGAGAUCACCAUGCCCAUUUCUCCCUUUUGUCUGUUUAGGAUUAGCCUAUUUUGGGGCAGAAGUCACCAUGGCUAUGCCUGGGCCAUCCACUAGUGAAUGAGUUUUCCUUUUCAACAAAAGGAGCAUAUCUUUCCAUUGUCAAAUCAAACCCCAAAACAGUUACUUUGGCUAAACUUGAUUGUGCAUUUAGCACACUGAAUAUUGCUUUGAAUAUUGGUUAUACCUACUGACUCAAAGAGCUUCAAAGUGUACUGCCUUAUAUAUUUUCGUAGAAGAAAUGGCUUCUUUGGGGGCAAAACUGCUUGCAGAAAAUAAUUCUCAAAUGUUGUCUUGUAUGAAUGGGUAUAAUAAAUGGUUCAUGGAAAAACCCAUUCCACUGUGGGAGAAAAUUUAGAGUUUAGAGACCGAAGACAAAUGUUCUUAGAGUGGAAAGAGAUAUAGAAAACGCACUUGGAAAGUGAUAGGCAUACAAGUAUAUUGAACAAGGAGAAUACUGGAUCUUCUGUAAGGAAACUGGACCCUACUUGCAAAACCUGCCAAGUUAUCUUUGCUAGGUAGGUAGUAAUAUCCUUUAUUAGUCGGGGUGUUUUUUUUUCUUAUUGGUGUUCUUUUUGUUUUGAAAGGGCAGACUAAGAAACUAUAUGGAUCAGAUAUAUUUCCAUACACCAUAAAAUGAGCUGCAGACAAACUCCAAUGAACAGAAAGCGAUCCAAGGACAACUUGAAAAAAGUCAUUAAAUGAAAAGAACAAACUCUUUUAAAAUUACGAACAUGAAAUCUAUUUUUAAAAUAUACCUUGAACGGUUAGGAUGUUUUCGAUGUUUAGAACAGCUCUUUGUCCAUAUAUUUUGCCCUUCGUCAUCUGUUUGUGCUUGUGGUCGGGGAAAAAAAAAGAGUAACUGACAAUGACAUUUUCUCCAAGAGAAAAUUGAAAUGAAAUAUUUCAUUCAGACUAAAACCAAGUAGCUCUUGAAUGCUGAACUAUAUGCCCAUUCCGAAGAUCAGGAGUGCAUUGGACUUGGCAAGCAGGAAGGCGAGAACGGGCUUAGGCUCCAGUUCAAAAACAGGAGAAAUAAAUGAUCGGCACAAAGCGUCACACCAAAACGAUCUCAGAGACUACUUCAUAGAACACUGGAUUGUGGGUUUGUAACUGUUAUGCUGAAGAAUGGUGAGGAUAUUAAGAUGAAAUAAAUCAGAGAUGAAACCCA